AUGCAACUCGAUUGCAAGCUUGCAGCACAGGUGGAACAGAUCGCGUGGUUGAAGAACCGCCUGGAGUCUGGGGUAGGUGGUGUCGCGGUCGUGAGCUACGAGGAGCUCGCGUCCGCCAUUGCUAAGGCGAUUCUAGUCUUGGAGAAGGAGGCGAAGGCGAUCGCGUUAGAGAGGGUUGCUCUUUGUGAUGCGCGUAACCAAGAGGCAUUGGUUCUGGGUCGAGUAGAUGUGAGGUUGGGACAGCUGCAGGGGGUGGUGGUCGACUCCAUGGAAACCGCUCAGAAGAAGCUGACAGACGAGGUUGCGUGGAAGAUCGACAAAAUGUUGACCGCGGUUUCCGCGACAGCAGAGCGGGCCAUCACCACCAGCAGUAUCACAAACGCCCUGCACACACUCAUCACCAUCGUCUCCGGUAGCCCGCCGCCGCGCCCGGACACGGAAGAACCAGCUACGACGGAGAAUGCCAAACCUGGAGAUGCCGAGUAUGGGAAGCGGGCGGCGGGUGCGAAGGCGGAUAACCAGCAGGGGCCGAAGAGGCAGAGAGGUCCUCAGGCAGCGGCCACGGCAACCGCGUCCUUGACGGCUGCAGGUGGUAAGGGCAAAAGGAAGGCGGGAGAGGAGGGACCGGCUACAGCGGGUUCGCAGCCUGCGAGGCGUGAGGUUCAGCCCACCGUGGCAGCCGCGACGGAGGUCAAGAACACCGCGAUCGCACCAGCACAUGCUGCCACAACGACAGGAAAGCAUGGGCACAUUGCGAGCGCCUUUGCUGGUCCGAGCGCGGCUGCAAUCGAACACAAGACAGAGGAACGCGGCAGGGGUGCCGAGAAGUUGCCGCCACCACCCGUGUACACCAUCGACGAGGAUGAGGCAGAAGACGAGCUGGAGAAUCGCGUCAGCAGGUGGAUUGGGCCGGUGGGCAACGGAGGAGGACAGGGUAGUGAGGCCGCGGUCGAGAUUCAUAGCGGCGGGGAGAGCGCGGACGAGCAAGAUGGCGACACAGUGGGCGCGCCUAGUGGCGAAACAGGACAGGGUGUAAUUGGCAGCAAGUGGAGGGGCUAUGGCAUCCGCGCUCCACCCAGGGGCGGACCAGGCUUGGGAUCUGAACCGCAUUUGGGGGGGAAGAAGCGGUGGCUUGGACACGGAGAGCUUGAAGACCUGCAGUAA